CCUAGACUCGACGAGCCACGGAGAGUCCGUGACAUUAGUUGUUCCCACCGCUAACAUCCACUUGUCUGCUGUUUCACACCGUCUACCUCUCGUCGCCUACGGUCGUCCAGCCGCUUAGUCGCAUACCGCCGUCGCUUAGUCGCAUACCGCCGUCGCUCAGUCGCGUACCGCCGUCGCUCUGUCGCAUAGUAGCGCGGUCGCUCAUUCGCAGACCGUCGUCGCGUUCUGCUCGUCUGCUUUUCGCCCGACAUCCCUGCCGCCCCGUUGAGCAUGGGAAGAGCGUAGCAGGCGGCAAGGCAGAUUGUGAAAUUUAUAAGAGUUCAUCACAAGUCAGCGUGCGGCGCGCCAAGGCACCUUUAGUAGCACAAGUGCGUUUUGCGCCCUAGAACUAAAGUUCGGAGGUGCCAUAAAGCCCAGAAUUAGGUAUGGGUAGGCUGAGGUAGGAUUGUGUGGUGCAUUGAACUGCAGAGGCGUGAAGUUCAUGCGCCAUAUUUUGUGGUGGAGUGAAGCCUGCAAGUAGAGCAUGCUGGCGUUCACGCAUGCGGGUGUGCUCGUAGCAGCUUAGCUCACGAGAAGGCUGAUUAGCAACUGCAGCGGCAGCAGCUGCAGUACCAGGAGGAAAAACAGCGCCAACAGCAGCAGAGCAACAUCAUCAUCAGCAGCAGCAGCUGUUGUAGUAGCAGCAGCGGUGCCAGCACAAGCAGCAGCAGCAGCAGCAGCAGCAGCAGCAGCAACAGGUGGUGCCAUGUCAGAUAGACUUGCCCCGGACAAGCGGUUCAAGUUCGUUCACAAUGGCCACACUGUCUAUGAGUGGGACCAGACGGUUGAUGAGAUGGAGAUUUUCGUUCCGCUGCCCGAAGGAGUGCCCGCAAAACUGUUCACAUGCCAAAUAGCGCAACGGCACAUCACUGUCAGCAUCAAGGGCAACCCGCCUUAUCUAGAUCACGACUUAGCUGGACCAGUGAAGGUCGACGACAGUUUCUGGACUAUUGAGGACAGCGAGCUCCACAUCUCGCUUCAAAAGGCAGAGAGAGGAAAGACGUGGCCAGGGGCGCUCCAAGGCCACGCUCUGGACGCCUUCUCCUCGGACCAGGAGGCCAGACGGCUCAUGCUGGAGCGGUUUCAGCUGGAGAACCCCGGAUUUGACUUCUCUGGCGCAGAGCUCACAGGAUCGUGCCCGGAUCCAGCAGCAUUCCUUGGCGGCAUGCAGAGGCAGUGAUUUGCUUGCUAUCCUUAGAGGCAAAGCGACGCAACAGUGGCCCAUUGGUUUUCUGCGGCUCAUGUUCUCCCGUUUCAAUGGCAGGCCAAUUAUGGCUAGAGAGACAUCCUUGCAUAUUUGUAUUUCCGAUAAAAGUACAUAUUACUAGGACCCUAGUCGUUUUGCACCAUCAAGAAUCAGUGUGCUC